CGCCUGAUGCAGCGUAGAGGUGCCUAGCCCUGCACGAUCUGCCUUUGCUGAUGGGAUCCUCAAGGACAAUUGGUUUCCCUCGUUGGUCUAGGCGAAACUCAGCAACAAAAAGCUAGCCUUACUUUAAGUAACGUUGACCGUCUUGAUGGACUACGCUUCCUCCCAUGCAUGAUGUGAAGAUCCCUGACCUGCACUCGUGUAAAGCCGCGGCUGAGGAUUACGCUUUCUUUUUCUUAUCGCAUGGGUGGCAUCUGCAUCUAGCCGCAUCAGCUGCAAAGCUACUAGCAUCAGAAGCCCGCCAAUCCUGUUUUCUUUUUCUUUUUCUUUUUCUUUUUCUUUUUCUUUUUCUUUUUCUUUUCCUUUUUCUUUUUCCUCUUUCCACCCUCCCCUUCAAACAAGCAAACAUCGGGCGACGGUCCCAGGAAGUAUCGCCAUCAUUAUUAUUUUUUUUUUCAAUGGUGCUCUUUGCCAUAUCGACAAUGCGGCGAUGUACCAUUGCGCAGAAAUUAAGGAACAUCAGCAGGAAAGCUAUUGCAUUAGUAGGAUCCACAAGAAGGUGAGCGACGAAAGGUCAGCUAUUAGCGAUAGCCACGCAAGGGUCUCAUGGAUCAGGAUUCGUAAGGGCCGA